AUGAAGUAACUUGUACAUCCUGUUAAAAGCAAUCUAAUUAUUAGCGGAUCAGAUGAUAAAUCAAUAAAAUUUUGGACUUUCAAUUGUUCAUAAUUCUCAAAUAAGUCAACUUGGUUCUGUUCAUAGACUAUUUCGCAGCAUAAUUCUUCUGUUUCUCAAAUUUCUAUAAGUUAAGACGGAAAUAAAUUAAUUUCCUGUUCAACAAAAUAAAUAAUGGUUAUGAGCUAUUCUGGCUCAAAAUUAUGGUAACUAUCUGAAGUUGGAGUAAGAUUGUCAUUUAUCAAUAAUAACUUGUUUGCUUACUUACCAUGGACUGGAAAAUCUAUAUACAUCUAUAAACUAGAUUCUAUUGAAAAUUAAUAUGUCAGAUCAAGAGACAUUGCAGUUUAAGGGCAAAAAGAUGCCUUCUAGAGUUAUUUUCCAGCCAUUUAUAUUCCUUCAAAGAAUAUUCUAAUAUGCAAGAACUGA